UUUUUUUUUUCUUUGCAAGAAUUUACCCAUUUCCUUACCAACAAAGUCCGACUAUGAUGGAAGAAGUUCCUCCUACCUUAAACAAAGAAGAAGUUAUUCCUACUACUCUACCAGUUUACCCUGUUGAAAAUGGAAGUUGUGCAUCAACAAUCAGUCAACUUAAAAAAAGCUCUCUCCAGGCUAGAAUCCCUAUAGAGAGGUUCUCUUUGGAACAUGGCAGAAUUGAAAAUCCCAAACCUCUUCCCCUCGACCUUCUCUCUCGGACGCGGGCUCUCCUCAAGCCCACGGGCAGAACAGGACCCCGAGAGGCGAGAGGUGCAGUGAUGUCACAUCAUUUUCACGCCAUCAUCCACAGCCCAUUUCUUCCCGUGGCCUUCGCCCCCGGGGCCGAUGCUCCCUCGCUCGGAGUUAGUGUAGCGUCACCCUCGAGAAGAGCUGUGCGGCUGCCGAGGGCGAGGGCGUCCGUGGAGAAGCGAGAGCAAACGAUGGAGGAGCAAGGCGGCGCGGCGGCGCUCGGCUGGGCGGCGAGGGACGCCACCGGUGUCCUCUCACCCUACAACUUCUCCAGAAGGGUUCCGAGGGACGACGAUGUCACGAUCAAGGUGCUCUACUGCGGGAUCUGCCACACUGACCUGCACGUCAUCAAGAACUACUGGGGCAGCGCCAUGUACCCCGUCGUCCCCGGGCACGAGAUCGUCGGCGUGGUGACCGGCGUCGGCGGCGGCGUCACGAGGUUCAAGCCCGGCGACACGGUGGGCGUGGGCUACUUCGUCGGGUCAUGCCGCUCCUGCGACAGCUGCGGGAAGGGGAACGAGAACUACUGCGCCGGGGUCGUGCUCACCUCCAACGGCGUCGACCGCGCGCACGGCGGCGCCGCCACCAAGGGGGGCUUCUCCGACGUCAUCGUCGUGAGCGAGCACUACGUGCUCCGCGUCCCGGACGGCCUGCCGCUGGACCGCACCGCGCCGCUGCUCUGCGCCGGCGUGACCGUGUACAGCCCCAUGGUGCGGCACGGCCUGAACGCUCCCGGCAAGCACCUCGGCGUCGUGGGGCUCGGUGGGCUCGGCCACGUCGCCGUCAAGUUCGGCAAGGCGUUCGGGAUGAAGGUCACCGUCAUCAGCACGUCCCCGAGCAAGCGCCAGGAGGCCGUCGAGCACCUCGGCGCCGACGAGUUCUUGGUCAGCCGCGACGCCGAGCAGAUGAAGGCGGCGACGGGCACCAUGGACGGCAUCAUCGACACGGUGUCGGCGUGGCACCCGAUCGCACCGCUGCUGGCGCUGCUGAAGCCGCUGGGGCAGAUGGUGGUCGUGGGCGUGCCGAACAAGCCGCUGGAGCUGCCGGUGUACGCCAUCGUGCCCGGCGGGAAGGGCGUCGCCGGGAACAGCGUCGGCAGCGUCGGGGACUGCCAGGCCAUGCUCGAGUUCGCGGGGAAGCACGGCAUCGGCGCGGAGGUGGAGGUGAUCAAGAUGGACUACGUCAACACGGCGAUGGAGCGGCUCGAGAAGAACGACGUCCGCUACCGGUUCGUCAUCGAUGUCGCCGGCAGCCUUGGCUCCGCCACCUAGGCAUAGCUCCAUCAGAGCCCAGAUAAAUUCAGGUUCUUAUUGUGGGUUUGUGGCUCUGAUAGUUUGGCGUGCAAAUAAGAGAGACAUGGUGUUCCACUCUUUGCUUGAGUACAUGUAAACUGAACAAUAUAAGUUACUCUGAUUUGUUGUUUUUCUGAACAUAAUACUAAUGUAGAUACUUUGUUAAUCUUUAUCUAGCUA